UCAAGCUCGAUUGAAUGAAAGCGUCGACAGCUGAUUUACUUCAAGUAAAUAAAUCCUGUUAUAGACUCAGAGAACUACCCGGCGGUUCGUGAUCUGCAAGGUUGUUUUGAACAUGGAUGAGACAGUCGUAUCUGUUAGUUGGAAAGGCUACACUAGUGAACUUGCAACAGUAUAUAAAAAUUUAUUGGAUGACAAUUUUUUGGUGGAUUGCACUAUAUUUGCAGAGGGUCAGGCUCUUAAAGCUCAUAGGCUGGUUCUAUCUGCAUGCAGUUCAUACUUUCAUAUGCUGUUUCAUGAGGAGCCUGCAAAGCAUCCAUUCAUUGUCCUGGUAGAUGUAACAUUUGAUACACUGAAGGCAGUGAUUGAUUUUAUGUAUCAAGGGGAGACUCAAAUUCCAGAAGGGAACUUUCAAGCAUUUUUGACACUUGCUCAGUCUCUGCAGAUCAAGAGCUUAAGUGCUUUGACCCAGGAUUAUGUGAGUAGAAAUGAAUCCAGUAAUGCUAUUGGAAAUGUCUGUGGGGGUCUGUCAGAAGAUAAUCAAGAUACCAGUGAAGUUCCAGACAUUAGUACUAGACAUGAGGUUUUCCCUGAAAAUUCCCACCAUUCUGAUGGCGUCCAAGAUGCUGUGCACUCAAACACACAUGUUCCUUUUGAAGGAUUUAGGGUCUCAUGUGAGGAAGUGGAAUCAGCAUCAGUGAAAACAUCAACACAAGAACAGCGAACAUCUCUGGCAUGUGAAGUAUCUGAUGGCUCAGAAAUAACUAUAAAACAUGAACCUUUGUUUGAUAAUGAAGGGAUUAUCUUGAAGGCAAGAAACACAAAAUUGGAUGAUGUUGAAAGUUGUAUAUCCACAUCUGAAAAUUUUAUGAGUGAAGCAAAUGGAAAAACUGCAAUUUUAUUAGUUGAACGGAAUUUGAAACAAUACUCAAGUUGUAAUGAAUCAUAUGGAAAUGCGAGAUCAUCAGUCACACCACCUUCACAACUGCUUAAGCAGUUGAGCAUCAGAGUACCUUUAACUCAAGACACUGCUCAGGAACCUUUGCUACCUGUGAUUUUGGUGCCAAAAAAUGAAUUUGCCGAUGAUGCAGAGAAAGAAGAAUCGGUGGUUGGCUGUGAUGUGCAAGGAAAUAAUAGAAAUGGAAAGGAUAAAACAACGGAACUUACACAAGAUGAAAGAAGUCUUGAUCAUAUCUCAAGUUGCAGUGAUUCUUCUCGUGGAAAUGCAAUCUCAUCAGUAAUGUCAUCUUCACAACAGGGCAAAUUGAGCGACAAACUUCCAUCAGCCAUAGAUGUUACUAAGCAAACUUUGCUGCCUGAAAUUCUGACACUAGAAAAUGUACAUAUGGAUUAUUCAAGGAAUGAAGAUCCCAUGGAGGAUCAUGAUGUGCCUGAAAAUGAUACAAAAGAAACGGUUGAAGGAACAGAACCUGCUUGUGGUGAACAAAUUCUCGACAAAUCCUUCAUACUAGUGGAAAAUGGGCAGUCAUUGUGUUGCCCUUCAUCUCCUCCUCUCCUUCCAUCACUCUCUGGCCCCCCCUUCUCACUCGGUCUCCAGUGUGUUUGUUUCUUGCAGUAUGGGUACAGUGAAAAGAACAAUACAACAGAAACUGCUUUCAUCCCUCAUCUACAUCCAGUUGUCCAUGAAAAUCUUGCAUUCAUUCAACUGGUCUUUCAGCGCAGUCAUUCACAGCUUUAAACUUUAUAAAUAACCUUUGAGCUUUUAAAUAUGAUGAGUUGUUCAGGUCGAAGGACAUUCAAUAAAACUAGUAUCCAUCUUCAGGCAAAAGAACAGAUAUCUUCUGCUUUUGGUGGACACAAAAUCUGUUAUUAUUUUCGUUGAAAUUAAAGAUUAUAUUGAAUUAGGAUAUGUAUUGCAUAUUAUUGAAUUAAUAAUUAAAGAAUGGAUAGAUUGCGCUUACCAUAUUAUUCUCUACAAAAAAUGGCAUACCACUCUUCGAUGUGUAGAUUCUCUCUGGCUAAAUUUACUACCAGUUUGAUUUUGAUUUGUAUGACUACUUCAUCAUCGAAGAGUGAUAAGACUGACAAUUCUUCUAAUAAAUACCGCAUACAAUGUCUAAAUUUUUUUAAAGCUGCUUUUGAAAUUAUCGAAUCUGUUUCUUUCAAGCGAUUUUAGAACAUUUAA